AUGGCGGUGGACCGAACAGCAGAGCUUCGAGCACUUUGCCGCGAGCGAGACACUCGUUUUUCCAAAAUUGGAGGUGCACAAGCUGACAAACAGCUCUCACCAAAGGUUCGCUUCAAGAGCGGGACUGGCGAGGCCUUCCGCUUGCUCUCUGAGCAGCUGCUCGAGAACCUGAGACACUUUGCGCUCUUGUUACACGCAAACACUGGCUGGCUUCUUGACGCUCGCAACUACGACUAUUCGCCGAAGCAGCGUGUCGAGUUUGAGGCUUCCUGCACAAAACUACUCCAGGGACUUCUCGCGAACUUGGUUGCUCUACGAGAUCUGGCCGAGUGGCCUCGGGGCAGCCAUCAUUCGGCGCAGCGCGUCCAGCACCGUCUCGUAGUGGUAGAGACUCUCUCUAGCCAGAUCGAGACGCUCAACCAGUACCUGCGUACGCUCCUCAGCACGAGCAGCGAGCGCAAGUGCAGCGCCAAAAGCCACCCCUGCAUUACGAAACACGCUCAACGUGGCACGAGCAGUGAAAGCGUCCACGCAUGCAAUCACGCAUCCAUUCCGUUAAGAGAAAUCGCUGCCUCAAAUGUUUCUCUCGAAAAGAAAUUCCAGGAGGAGACACCACGUGAGCCCAGCGAGCCGGAAGGCAUCCCAGCCGAGGCCCGUGGUGCACAGGCGAUGCUGUUAAUGCAGCCUCCAAUUUUCACGUGGGAGCAGGAACUCACCGAACGGGACCGAAUCGUGCGAGAUGUUGAACGGAAUUUAAUACAAGUCUCUGAGCUCUUGCAUGACUUCAGCGUGCAGGUAGCCCAACAGGAUCACGUCGUUGAAAGCCUACUCGAGGAUGCGUUCCGCUCUACGGAGUUUGCGGAACGCGCGAAUCGAGAGCUGGAUCGGAUGCGCGGCGCCGAUCACUCGUGGCACAUCGUCUUGACCGUCAUCUUUCUAGUUAUGGCGUUGAGCCUCUUAGCAUUGGACAGGCUUCGAUAA